AGGUUUGAGCAGAUCACCUCUGCAGUUCUUCAUCUGUCCACCAGGUGUCCGCAGUGCACCAGCAGUCCCAGAUCACCUGACCAUCUGAGUCACCUGACCACCUGUUCGGUGUUUCUUUAUCAGAGCUUUCUUUUCCAUCCAUGUGAUCUUCAUCAGGCUCUGAUCAAAAUGAGUUUUAUAUAAUAUGCUAUUAUUAAUCUCAGUUUUCUGUGUGCCUGGACACUGAUGACAUCAUGUAGUCCCUGCUCUGUGAUUGGCUGCUGUUUGUGUCCGAGCAGACAUUCAGAGAGAGUCACAGAGUUCCUGAUGAUGAUGAUGAAGAUGAAGGUGUGUGUGCUGCUCCUCGUCCUCUCCUCGGUCCUCUGUGUCUCUGCUGAUGGAACCGCUCAGGCCCAACCAGGUGAGCUGCUUCCUGAUGGACCGGAGCCAGAGGACAACCAGAGCUGCAUUGUUACCAUGACUACCCACCUGACACAGGCUUCCUUGAUGUCCGUCCACCACUCAGUGUCUGAUGAUGAUGAUGAAGAAGAGGAGGUGGGAGGUGCUCAGCGGGCGGAGCUGAGGCUGGCCAUAUCAGAAGACGAGGAGGAGGCGGGACCUUUCAGUGACCUCACAGCUCUGGUGAUGAGGUAUCGUCAUGGAUACCGGCGAUGCUGUGUGCUGUUGUGUGUGGGCGGAGUCAUCGUGUUCACUGCUGCGUUCCUGUUGGCUUAUGGGAUCUUCAGUGGGCGGUACCACUGCUCCCAAGCAGAGCAGGGGCAUGAGCAGCAGCUGGGUGGGGCUAAAGCUCCUUCAGAAGGAGGGGCGGGGCUUUACUUGGGAGAGCUAAGAUUGAUGAUGAGGAAGCUGCUACAGGAUGAAGACAUCCACAACACAGUCAGUCGCGUGAGCAGGGCAGCUCAUCCUCCAGGCUCCUCGGAGGGUACCUCUCUGGCCUCAGAGAUCCUGCAGCGCUUCAGGGAGCUGCAGAUGGACCACACCUGGACCGAGUCGCUAUACGCCACGCUGCAGUUCCCCGACAGGUCUCAGAGGAGCUCUCUGAGCUUGGUGGACUCUGCAGGUCGGGUCUCAGAAGAGAUUCCUCUCAACCCUUCUGACUACUGCCCGUACAGCGCCACAGGAAAUGCCACAGGGGGUGUGGUCUAUGCCAACUAUGGCCGACCGGAGGAUUUUAAAUGGCUGAAACGUGAGGACGUGUCUGUGGCUGGCUGUGUGGUGGUGAUGCGUGUUGGGGGCGGGGUCAGUUUUGCGGAGAAGGUCUGGUUGGCUGAGAAGAACGGGGCGAGCGGAGCUUUGAUCUACCCUGACCCUGCUGAUGUGCCGCAGGACCCUCGCCGCCUUGGCCUGAACACACACACUGCUGUGUCUGAACAUGUCCACCUAGGGUCAGGGGACCCCUUCACCCCUGGCUUUCCCUCCUUCAAUCACACUCAGUUCCCUCCCAUUCAGUCCUCCGGUCUGCCACUCAUUCCAGCCCUGCCAAUUACUGCCACUGUGGCCUCCAAGCUGCUUAGCCAGCUGACAGGUCCGUCCUGUCCUCGGCCCUGGCAGGGUCGGCUGCCGUACGUGCGCUGCGUUGUCGGUCCCCAGUUCAGUAACGGUCGCAGAGUCCAGAUGUCGGUUCAGAACGUGAUGAAGCCGAUCCUGCUCAACAACAUCUUCUCAUCACUGGAAGGCAGAGUGGAGCCAGACCAGUACAUCAUACUGGGAGCUCAGAGGGACUCUCUGGGUCCGGGAGCCGUGAAGUCCGGAGUUGGAACUGCGAUCCUGCUGGAGCUGGCUCGCACCUUCUCAGCCAUGGUGAAGAAGGGCUUCAGUCCAAGACGCAGCUUGUUGUUUGUCAGCUGGGAUGCUGGAGACUUCGGGAAUGUUGGAGCAACCGAAUGGCUUGAGGGUUAUCUGUCCAUGCUUCACCUGAAGGCUGUGGCCUACUUCAGUCUGGACCAGGCAGUCAUGGGUGAUGAGGUCCUGUCAGCUUACACCAGUCCUCUCCUGGUUGACCUGCUGGACGCUGCCAUCAGACAGGUGGAGCAUCCCAAACAUGCAGGUCAGAGCAUCUACAGCCAGGAGCGAGCAUAUCCGUUCAUCAACACGCCAUUGGACAGUGUCUCACGCCUGCAGGAGGUGCUGGGGGGUCGUCUGGGGGUCACGGGGCGGAGCUUAGGGGAGCUGGUGGGGGAAAUGGUGCUGCGAUUGGCCCACGACCACAUCCUGCCGCUGCGCAUCACUUCCUACGCCCAGACGGUGCUGCAGUUCAGCGCUCAGCUCAACAAACACUCUGCUGAGCUGCAGUCCAGAGGUUUGUCUCCUCAGUGGGUCUUCAGUGCUCGAGGAGAUUACAGCCGAGCGGCAGAGACGCUGCAGAGAGCCAUCGACUACAGCGACCUGCACGAGCCCACCAUAACACGCUUCUACAACACUCGCAUCAUGAAGGUGGAGUACUACUUCCUGUCUCAGUACGUGUCUGCAGUUGAGACGCCAUUCCGUCAUGUGAUCCACGGCCGUGGCAACCAUACUCUGAGUGCGCUCACUGAGCACCUGGGCCUGCUGACCUCUGACCCCGGACGCUUCGACGAGAGCAGCUUCAGGCGGCAGCUGGCGCUGUUCACGUGGACGCUGCAGGGCGCCGCCAACGCUCUGAAUGGAGACGUGUGGAGCAUCCACAACAUGCACCGCUUCACCCACUGAGGCUCCAGAGUGAUUGAUUAUUAAUUAUCGAUCAGUAUCUAUUUAUGUGCAGAUAUGAGUUUACAGUGCAGACAUUCAGGUCAAUGAUUGCUCAUCAAUCCUUUCACUGAUUUCACUUCCAUUAAAGUGUUUUACAGAC